GAAAGUGCAUUAUGCAAGGUCGGCGGGCAGCUGCGAUGCUGCGCCAAGGCCGCGUCCAUCGCAGUUUCCCUUCGCGCAUCUCGAAAUGUUCCGCCGUGCACUGUGACUUUGUCCAUUCACUCUCCGCUCCACAACCGUCACUUCCUAAUGAUUCUACGAUCAAUAGCCUUACGGCAAGAGCGGUGGCCAAGCCCGCACGAUGCCUUCACUCAUCAGCCAUUUGCCUGCAACAGAACCAACCCAUUGACCCCGCCUCGUACUCGUUCUCCUCGCGCAUUCAACCUCCAGUAGACGGUGACCAGGUCGCUCGUGAUUACCGCGCUUUCAAGCACCACCAAGAAGUCACCAACCGCAUUGGAUCCGUUGUUUCGCCCAGGUACCAGCCGCAUACCCAACUCACCCAACCGCCCUCGCCCGAUGAGAUUUCCCUCGAACUCCUUCUUGCCUCGCAAUCCCAUCUGGGUCACUCUACGUCGCUCUGGAACCCCGCCAACGCCCGCUACAUCUUUGGUGUACGCCAGGGUGUCCACAUCAUCUCGCUUGACCAGACCGCCUCUCACUUGCGCAGAGCAUGUUCUGUCGUUCGUGGUGUAGCUCAACGUGGUGGUUUGAUCCUGUUCGUCGGUACUCGUGAGGGACAAGAGAGAAUUGUUGUCAAGGCAGCUGAGCUUGCUGGUGGCUGCCAUCUGUUCGACCGCUGGAUUCCUGGAAGCAUUACCAACGGUGCUCAGAUCUUGGGCAGGUGCCGUACAAAAGUCGUUGACGAGAAUGACAAGGAGAUCAAGGGCUUCGAAGAGCAGCUCGAAGCAAAGGGUGCUCUCAAGCCCGACUUGGUCGUCUGCCUGAACCCGCUGGAGAACUACGUCUUGUUGCACGAGUGUGGUUUGAACAACAUUCCCACGAUUGGUGUCAUUGACACUGAUGCAAACCCCACCUGGGUCACCUAUCCCAUUCCCGCCAACGAUGACAGUCUUCGUUGCAUCAACCUCAUCGGGGGCGUUCUUGGACGUGCCGCAGAGUCAGGCUUGAAAUCUCGUCUUGGUCAGGCUGCCAAUGGUGUUGUCACUUACGCAGCACGCCACAACCUGGCUCCCCCAACCGCUGACCAGAUUGCCGCUGCCUACGAAGCCGAACGUUCGUUUGCCAGAAACAACGCUUUCGACCAGGACGCCGACCAACGCAUCGUCACUUCGUCCGCCCCUGCUGAUGAAGACGCAAGAAUUCAAGAAAAGGCUGACACGACAAUGAUGAGCGCAUUCGAGUAUGCUCAAUUCGCUGAUUUCGAGGAGGAGGCCACGGGUGCUGCCAUCGAGAUGCACUACCCUGACCAGAAAUCACCCGAGACAGCGGAGAUGGCUGAAUUGAGAGAGAAUCUCCGCCGCACCCACCGCGCCUUGAAUAUUCCAGUUGAAGGCGAGCCAACAUAUUUCGAGAGCGAGCCAAUCGAUACCGAGACUGCAGUCGAGCUUGAAGCAGAAACACAAGACAUGAUGGAUGAGCCACUUACUCAACAGGAAGCUGCUGCACUGCACUCUCAGGAUGGUGGUAAGGGUGAGAACCCCUACGAAGGCGGCAGUUACCGUAGCGCUCUCAAGAUGCGUAAGAACGCUGCCGACGCCACGCUUAGCAGAAUGGUCGCUCUCAAGAGAAGGGCCUACGGAGAGGAGUUGUCUGCCGAAGACCAAGAGGUUCUACGCAAGCUGGACGAAGCAGCCAAGAACGCGCCUGCGGCUGAUGAAGGCGAGUUCGCGCUGCCUCCGAGACGCCCAUCG